AUGGCCCGCAUAAAAGCAGGUGUGUUCUCCUGGGAAGAUGUCCUCGCCCAACGAUACCAGAGCAACAAACCCCCUCCCCUCUCACGGUCUCGUUGCCGAAUUCUCCCGACCACCCAACUACAGCCCCAAAGCCGUUUACUAUCGCGCCUCUCCCCAGAACUCCGCUUGAUGAUAUGGGAAAUGGUCUUCGGGGAACAGCGACUACAUAUCAUCCAGCGCAACAACCAACGCCUUGGCUAUAUCGUCUGUCCACUCGGGACCCACUCUGAUAACAGGGCACGCGAUCGCGAUCGCAAUCGCGAUCCCUUCUGCGAGAUCUGUCACGGGCAUGGGAUUCCCCAACCCGUGAAAGAGGGCGAUCUCACCCAUAAAACCAAGCUCCUCAGUCCCGCAUUAACAUGUCGGCAAAUGUACCACGAAUCCAUCCACCUCCUCUACACACUCAACACUUUCGAAUUCAGUAACCCCUGGUCCCUACCAUAUAUGCGCCCUACCAUCCCCGCAGAGCACUGGGAUUGCAUUCGCAAUGUCGAGCUACGCUGGUCUUUCCAGGGCCACUGGCUCCCAAGUAAAGAUCCCGUGCGCACAAUCUACGUCUCUGCCGGACGGGCUCAAUGGCUUGAGACAUGUCGCGCAUUAGCGCGGCUGCCUGCAUUACAGUCAUUUGUGCUCGUCUUGGGUGGGACAUGGUUUAGUGAACCGAUAGAGAGAUUACCGGUGUUUUUGGAGCCGUUGAGGGGAUUAAGGGUGGGUUUGCAGGGGCAGGAUCAGUAUAAGUAUGAGGGGAUUGAAAAUGAGAACGAGAAGGUGAGCUUGAGCUUGAGCUCUAGCUCUAGCUCUAGCUCAAGUUUCAGUUCCAGUUACAGCUACGGCUCCAAUUCCAGCUCCAGCUCCAGCUCCACUGUCAGUCUUAAUGUAGAUGGGGAUGGGAGUGGGGAUGUGGCUGUGGACGUUGGUGAAGGUGUGGGCGUGGGUGAAGCGAAGGCGAAAGCAAAAACAACCACCAUCCUACACUCAUACUGUUCAUUCUACAACUCGCUACCAGCACCAUCCGCAGCUAACAUACCAGCACCAUUCAAGACAGACGGACUAACGGCUUGGGAACUGCGUCUACAAGGGCAGCCGUACUAUGUGCACGAGCUAGGUCGUAUGGGCGAUGAUCUUCGACGGAGGGGGAUCGACUGUUGUAUCCAGUCGACGUGA